AUGAACAAGCGAACGAGGCAAAACAAGACAAGACAAACUAGCUUGCAGCUCUUUUCUGCACCUGGCCCAAGUAUGGCAACCUGGAAAAGAAAUCACCCUAAUGCAGAUAUACGUGCCCGUAUGCGCGUGCGUGUCAGAACUAUAUUCAAAUGA